AUCACCCCCAUCUACACCGCACUCAACUGGGAGGAGAUGCCGUCGGACAACGUCCUGAGAACGAUUUCGAGGAACCACCGGGGGUUCGUGUACUGCACGGCCAUUGAGCGCGGUGACUACUCGGACUGGAAGUUCCUCUGGGACCGCUUCGUGGGGGGCUCCCAGGAUGUCGGCUACGAAAGGUCCGACAUCGUGUGGGCCCUCACUUGUUCCCGGAACCAGCGCAUCACGCGAACGCUUCUUAAGAAAACGCUCAACGAAAAAUUGCUGAGGCCAGAAGACUGCGUCAAGAUCUUCGACCACGUUUCCCAGCAAGGCGCGGGGGCGAGAAAUAUUACGAUGGAUUUUAUCCGAAGGAACUGGCCUUCUAUGUUCUUCAUGUGGAAGGAUAAAUUCCUGGAAAUUCUCAUCCAAAUGUCAUCCAGAAUCUUGGAUGAGAAAGAAUUCAACGAAAUGAGAAGCCUAUACUACAACUUCAACGACACAAUGGCGGAAGUUACCUGGGCGUUCCAGCAGUCAAGUCACAACAUCAUUUCAAACUCAGCAUGGAUGAACUCUCAAUAUAAAGACAUACAGAAGUGGCUCCAAGCUAAUAUCACAUAG